CGUGUCCUAGUGUCCUCCGUUUGUUAUUUGUUACAAUUACUGGAAGGUUUUUUUUUCCGAAGAAAACAGUUCUGGUAUAUACGAUAUGAUGCGUCUUAAUUAUUGUUAAACGGCCGACACAUCGAGUGACCAAAGUGCGCGCGACAAUGGCAGAAGUGAUACAUCCUCUGCAAGAGAACAACUGCAGGAAAAAAAUGAAGACCACCAAACAAAAGGCAAUUAAAUUCGGUCGUAGUUUGGCGAGCAAAAAAGCGUUGCUCACCAAAGCCAUCGUAGAUAGAUGGCAUAAAAGAAGAGUGCGCAAAAUCAAACCUGCCGAACAACUCGAUGGUGGGUUUUUCGAACGGUAUGGUUCGGGCCUCAAAGAAAACGUCGCCGAACAGACGGCUUCUAUCGAUGAAGAAGACAAAUUGGCUACUCUGGACGAGAAUGAGUUAGCCAAGAUUUUUGAAGACACACUGCAAACGGUUCCGUCGUACAAAGAAUUCCUGUCUUCGGUAAUGGAGCUUAAUAUGGACGAACUGUACGAAGAAGUGUUGUACGAAAUCGUCCACAGUUUGGGAGCCGAAAAGAAUUUUUUCCAGCUAGACGCUCUGGUCGAGUUUGCCCGGGAAGCGUUCAAAAUCGAACAGGACGUCCAUGACGCUAUUUACCGGACGGUCAAAAAGAAAGAAGCCCCCAACAUAAUGUUAAACAUUGAAAUCGUCGAGGGCAAAGACAUCAAGCCUAAAGACGCCAAUGGGUUUAGCGACCCCUUUUGCACGCUGUUUUUGUCGUCUUUGCCUCAACACAAAUACAACACAUCCGUGAAGACCCAAACACUGCGGCCCGUUUGGGAAGAACAUUUCUCUUUGCCGGUCAAUAAUGGUUUAGCUGACGAUAUCCUGUGUGUGGAAGUCUGGGAUUUCGAUCCAGCCGAAACGGUCAAAGAGAAAGUCACCAAAGUAGGCGACAUCAAAGGGUUUAAGGGAAUGAGGAGGUUCAUGAAAGAAAUAGCAGUCACGGCCACAAACGGCAAACAUGAUAAUGAAAUCAUCGGCGGAACAAUGGUACCGCUAAAGACGGUGCCGUCUCGUGGACAGAUAGCUUGGUACAACUUGGAGAAAAAAGGCAAAGCCAAACCGCAGGGUAAUCUGCUGUUGAAAUUAUCGUUCGGCAGCGAAAAAGACAAACAAGUUGCUGCCCAAGAGCAUAGACACCUACUGAAAGUGUUGUUGGCUCACCAAAUAAACGUCCAACAGCCUGAAUCGUAUUCGUGGGAAGGAGAUUUCUUACCGGAAUCCAAAUUGAUCAUUCAACAACACGUGACGCAAGGUAAUAUUUCACCCGUAGACGAAUGCUUGAGCCAAUGGAUCGAAUACGUUAACACCCAAGUGUUAAGUCCGGUCAUCAGUUUCAAAGUAUUUUCAGACAUACUUGAGAAGCUGGUGAAACCCAUAACGACCGGAAAGAUUUGUGACGAAGAGUUAAAAAUGUUUUGGCAAUCCGCUAAAAAGCUACUGCCACUCUGCUAUACAAAUAUCAGAAUGAUAAGGAAGACCUCACCGGAAGACGAACGCUAUAGAGUACAAUUAGAAUCGAAUUUAAACGUUUUGCGACAUCUCUACUCGUUUGAACAGCCUCAAGACCUCGAUCUAUUUCCUUUGGACAUGUACGGUUGGCUGUUGCCCUGCGAACACACUAGAGAUAUAAAGACAGCUUUGCAUGACGCCGUCGUCCAAGGAGCGAUAGACUGGUACAUACACAUACUAGAACACAAUAAACCCACAGACUUCACCGAAGAAGGACAGAUGAAACUCCAAAUAAAAAUCAUCCAAUACUUAAAAUCAGACUUGCAAAAAGCUUUAGAAUUCUAUAACAAAAUAUUUAUCAAGAAAAUGCAAUUUCUAUAUGCCAACGCUCUUUUUUCCAUCUACGAGAAUAAGAUAACCGAAAUGUGUGAACCAUUCAUCACGCGCAUCUGCAUGAACAUGAAGCCCAUUUGUUUCGAAGAAAAUGGACGGUUCGAAGUGGACAAAGAUCCGCUAGCAAUGGGUACUUCGCUGUUCGAACUCUACAUGAGCAUUCAGACAUUUUCAGACCUCGGUAAAUCCACCUGCGAAAUAGAUCCCGAGACCAGUCACAUAUUCAAAUAUCACCUGUGGUUCCAGCAGGGCGUGGCCCGAUGGUUGGACAUAGCAGCGUACAAGGCGAUGCAACGUAUCGAAAGGGCUGUCGACCUGGACAAACUAGUAAAAAUGGACACAUCCGUGGAGUACAGCUCUUCGGCCGUCGACACCCUAGCCAUAUACUAUCAGAUCAAAGUGUUCUGGCAACAGUUGGCCUGGCCGGACGUCGAAGGAUCAUAUUCGUUCGUGGCGAAAAUAAUUGACGAUAUCUGCCGGUGUUCCGUGUAUUAUUCGGACAAGAUGGGCUUUAAAGUGAACCGGUACGGAGGCGACAAGAAGAGAUUCGAAGUCUCCAAAGAGUGGUGUUUGGCUGUCAACAACAUAGAUUACGUGAAACAGUCAAUUAGGCCGUUUGUCAGCGAUUUGGGUUUAACUAAACUCAUGGACAGCCUGGCCAACUACAAAAGCGAGAUUUCGGCCGAGCAUUGCAAAAAGACCCUGGAGCUAGUCGUCGACAACGCCAUCGACACGGUCAACAAUAAAAUCAUUGAUCUUUUGCAAACUGUAGUGAAUAAAAUGGCUCCGGAAAUGAACAAAUUCUUAACCGAAGGCGGGGAAACGAUAAACACCCACAACAAUCACUUGGACAACCUGAUCCAAUACCUGGACGAAAACCUGUGCACGCUCAGCAACGAGCUCAACGAGGAAAACUUUCAACGUAUUUUGGAUAUCAUCGUCGAACAGCUGGCGAACAUCAUGCACAAACUUAUCCAAAACAGUUUAGACAAAAAGAAGCCACCUUCGUACUUUAAAAAUUUGAGCGACAGUUUUCACAUGUUGUUCGGGUUCCUGCGCAGCGGUGACGAGACCGAAAAGAGCGAGACCAUAGAGUCCCUAGAGGCUCUGCUCAGACUUCACACCCUCGAAACCGUAGAACUAAUACACGAGUAUCAUCUAGAACGUCAUGACGAGCAACAGCAACUCGAAGAAGCCGACCAGGGAGUUUUGGCGGUCAAAUUGUUAUUCGUCAACGACAACCUGAACGUCGAAGUACUCAACGCCAACAACAUAAGAGCCAUGGACUCUAACGGUUACAGCGAUCCGUUUGUCAAAGUCCGGCUGUUGCCCAAGUACAAAUUCGAAAACGUUAUCAAGCCCACGACCGCAGUCCAAAAGAAAACUCUGUUUCCGUUAUUCGACGAAUCAUUCAAAAUACCAUUGACUCGCGAACAACGCACCGCGGAAGACGGCCUGAUCUUGUUCGUGUUGAAAGAUCAAGAUUUCAUGGGAAUGACGGCCGAAUUCAUAUCCGAGACAUUCGUACAUUUCAAAGACAUCCCGUCCACACCUUUGGAGAACGACACUGGCAACGCGCCGCAAAUGAGGUUAAAAUUGACCGUGCCCAAAUCGUUAGAUUCAGAAAUCGUUAAAGUACUCGAAACUAGGACAACAGACAAGAUGGCCAAAGACUUCUUAAAACGUCUCAAAGUGAAAAUCUCAUCAAACGCGCCGCCGAAAAAAUGACUACGGCGUCUCUAUGGACGAAUUAAACGCAAUACGUCCACUCUGACAGGAAAGCUAAAAAGAUAUCCUUAUUGAAUUUUACUCAUAAAGUUUUAUUGUUUUUAUUAUUUUCAUACAUGACGGACACAACAAAUCAAAACAACUAAGACUGACCAAGUAAUAAAACAAAUUAUGUUUUGAGAAAUUCAUACACUAUUGUGUGUUUCUAUAAUAAGUUUAAACUCCAACACAUGUAAUGCAUUGUACUAAUGCUUUAAAAUGUGUGCUGUACUAGAACUUCUUAGGACUAAGCAAGCCAUCAAUGUAUACUAACUUUUCUAAUUUAUAUAAGUUGUAUUCUGUUGGGUUGUACAAAAUAUUUUAUGUACGCCUUCGGUUAUCGUGUAAGAGUAAAAUAUGUCAUAUUAUAAAUGCACGUAUGCAUUUAUAUAUUAUGUUAUAUAUUAGUAUAUUAGUCUACAAAUCAAACAAUGAUUUAAAAUGAACUACAAUUUUGAUUAUUUUAUAACAAUAAAUUGAACAAACAUUUUUACAUUGUAAACAAGUAUAUAUAUUUUUUUUAUAAAUAGAUCAUACAAAAGCA